UAGGUAUAUAUAUAUAUAUAUAUAUUGUCCCACAAUGCAAAGUUUCUUAAAGAAUAUAACAAGUAAAGAGCUAAAUGAGAAACCGAGUAGAAGAAAAGUUCCUAGAGUUCUACGAGAAUUGGGUUAUUCAACUUGAGCAAUAUCUUCAUCAACUUUUAAUUGCUCAUAACACUACUAUGAGUGAGAUCGAGCUUAGAGCUUUGAUCUCGAAGCUAACCACACAUCACAAAGCUUAUUAUACGGCAAAAUGGGCAGCCAUAGGAGAAGAUGUCUUAGCCUUCUUCGGACCGGUUUGGCUAACCCCGUUAGAGAAAGCUUGUUUCUGGUUAACCGGAUGGAAACCUUCGACGGUGUUUCGGAUGGUUGAUAGGCUGAGGAAGUCGAGGUUGGUGCUUGUGGAGGCUCAGGUGAGGAAACUGGAGGAGCUGAGAGCUAAGACCAAGUUCGAGGAGCAAAAAAUUGAGAGAGAGGUUGAGCGGUAUCAGGUUGCUAUGGGUGAUAGGAAGAUGGUUGAGCUUGCGAGGCUUGGAUGUCACGUAGGAGGAGAAUCUGUGGUGGUGAUUGAGGCAGCGGUGAAGGGUUUGGCGACGGGGCUCGAGAAGAUGGUGAAGGCGGCGGAUUGUGUGAGGCUGAAAACGCUUAAAGGUAUUUUAGACAUAUUAGCUCCACCGCAGUGCGUUGAGUUUUUGGCAGCGGCGGCUGCAUUUCAGGUUCAGUUACGUCGGUGGGGAAACCAAAGACAUAAUGUCACUCACUCCUAUGGUUACUGACACAUACGUACCUAAGGAUAGUUUCGUCUUUUGUCAUGUGUUUUUUUCUUUUCGUAUUUACAAAGUCAAUGAGAAAAUUUUAACUUCCAUCAGCAAUAGAAUGUAAUUUCAUGGCUUGAAAUA